AUGUUGAAGCUGGUGGUGUUGUCUUGCGUCCUGGCGGCGACGUCCGCGUCAGCCAUCCUUGGAUACGGUGGAUACGUGGCACCCAUUGCCCCGUUGGCUUACUCUGCACCUCUACUGCAGCCUUACAACUACCGUGGACCGCUCUCUUUGGCCCCUGGUCAGCCCGCCAACAUCCUGGCUGCUGAUGGCAGGCCCCUUGAUACUUUGGAUGUAAACUUGGACCGUUCCGCUCACUUCACUGCUAAGGCCCUUGACAGUGGAUUCCACAUCCUUAAGAAGCGCUCCGUUCUCGCUCCUUUCGUCGCUCCUUAUUCUGCAUCCUUUGUUGCUCCUUGGGCUUACUCUGCACCUCUCCUGCAGCCAUACAACUACCGUGGACCUCUAUCUUUAGCUCCUGGACAGCCCGCCAAUAUCCUGGCUGCUGAUGGCAGGCCACUGGACACUUUGGAUGUCAACUUGGACCGUUCAGCCCACUUCACAGCAAAAGCCCUCAGCGGAGCACAUCUGAUUAAGAAACGGUCUGCUGCUUUCAUCACGCCCGUUAGCACUAUCGCCGUCGCCAGGUCGCCGCUGAUCGCCCCCUCGUACGCAUUUACUGCUCCUUUCACGGCCGCUCGUCUUAGCCCAAUUGCAUACUCCUCUCCCAUCCAUCGCAUAGCUCACCUCAUA